GCCUUCGUGGCCCAGUCCUCCGCAGGCCCAGCCCUGCGGCCCCCAGAGAAAGUCGGCGCGGCCAUGCGUCCGAGCUGAGCAUAUGGACGCCCGAGCCGUGCGCGCCCACAUCUGCCUCUCCCUGGCGGUGUCGGUACUGCGCGCGGGCGUGGCCUCGGCGGGGGAGCCCGCGCGCUCCGUCGUCGAAGAGCAUGCCCCGGAGCCCCCCCCGCCCGGCGCCCUGAUGAGGCGCCAGGGCGCUCCAGCGCCCGAGGCUGGGCCAGCCCGGGCCAGCAUCAGCCCGCACGGGAGGCUCUCCCUGGCCACGGGCGCCUUCGGCUGGACGCCCCUGCGGGCUCCGGCGCCGCGCGGCGCCGCGGAGGAGCCCUCGGCCGCACAGGUGCGAGCAGACGGGAGCCUGGUGCGGCUGGAGCCCGGGGGCACGCCCCCCGCGGCGAGGCCUCCGGAGACAGACGCAGACGCCCCUGCCGUGAGCGAGGUGCAGGAGGGGGGCGAGGAGGCGGCGAGGCUGGAGCGCGAGACGGCCGAUGCGGGCGCCGAUACCAGCAGCGAUGAAGAGGGGGAGGAGGAGGGGGAGGAGGAGGAGGACGAGGAGGAUGAUCAUGAGAAUGUCAGCUCUUUGAGUGAAGAAGAUGAGGACGAAGAAGAGGACGAGGAAGCAGAAGAGCUGGAGCCUGGAGCGUACGGCAGCAACGGGAGUCUCGAGCAGCUGGAACCCAGGGACACAUCCCUUGCCAAGAGGGCCCCAGAAGUGGACGCUCGAGCCAGAACCGGGGCGCUGGAGAAGUACAACGAGACGGGAAAGCUGAGGCCUGGUGCCGAAGCAGCUUCUCAUGCUAGAAGCGGUGAGGACGAAGAGGACCAUGAGGAGGGUGAGGAGGCAGAGGAGGAAGAGGAGGAGGAGGACGAGGCGGACAAGCUGGAGGGACGCCGCCGUCGCCGGCGGCGCUGGGUGCCGCGCCGGCGGCGACGGCGGCGCUGGGUGCCGCGCCGGCGGCGGAGGACGCCUCGACCGACGCCACGCCCGACGCCACGACCGACGCCUCGACCGACACCGUCGCCGACGCCACGACCGACGCCUCGACCGACACCGUCGCCGACGCCGCGGCCGACGCCUCGACCGACACCGUCGCCGACGCCGCGGCCGACGCCGCGGCCGACUCCGCGUCCGACGCCACGACCGACGCCGCAGCCGACGCCGUCGCCGACGCCCGCCCCCACGCCAGCGCCGACACCUUCGCCGAUGGACAGGGCAGUGGUGGUUCGCGCAGGGAAUCUCACCGCCAACGGCAUCAGCGCCAACGCCAGCGCCCCAGCGGUGGUGGCUCCUGCAUGGAACGUCACGGUGCCGCUGGCGCGGGUCGCCAACGUCAGCGCCCCCGCAGUGGUGGCUCCAACAUGGAACGUUACGGCGCCGACGACGCCGGCCGCCAACCGCACCGAAGCCGCAGCGAACGCCAUGGCGACCCCGACCAUGCCCACCAGCGGCUCCAGCGCCAAUGGCAGUGCCCCCGCGGUGGUGGUUCCCGCAGGGAACUUUACGGCGCCGCCGCCGCAGGCUGCCAACGGCACCAGCGCCACUGUCAGCGCCCCCGCGGUGGUGGCUUCUGCAGGGAACUUUACGGCGCCGCCGCCGCCGGCCGCCAACGGCACCAGCGCCACCGUCAGCGCCCCCGCGGUGGUGGUUCCCGCAGGGAACUUUACGGCGCCGCCGCCGCCGGCCGCCAACGGCACCAGCGCCACCGUCAGCGCCCCCGCUGUGGUGGCUUCUGCAGGGAACUUUACGGCGCCGCCGCCGCCGGCCGCCAACGGCACCAGCGCCACCGUCAGCGCCCCCGCGGUGGUGGCUUCUGCAGGGAACUUUACGGCGCCGCCGCCGCCUGCAGGGAACUUUACGGCGCCGCCGCCGCCGGCCGCCAACGGCACCAGCGCCACCGUCAGCGCCCCCGCGGUGGUGGCUUCUGCAGGGAACUUUACGCCGCCGCCGCCGCCGGCCGCCACCGGCACCAGCGCCAACGUCAGCGCCCCCGCGGUGGUGGCUCCUGCAGGGAAUUUUACGCCGCCGCCGCCGCCGGCCGCCACCGGCACCGCCGCAGGGAACGUUUCGGCGCCGCCGACCGUGUCCGCCGCUGGCACUGCUGCCGCAGGCUCCGCCACGGCGCCGCCUGCGCCGCCCUCCAUGGGCACCGGGGCUGCUGCAGGGAGUGCCGCGGCUCCGCCGACACCGGCCGCCAACGGUACCGGGGCUGCCGUCCCAGCCGCGCCGCUGGCCAGCGCCCCCAAUGCCUCCAGCAGUGCGAGCACAACGAACGGGAGCCAGGCACCUGUCGACCAUACCAAGGGAACGGUUACAAUGGCAGUGUCGGGCACCCAGACCGAGCGUCUGCCCGUGAUCAGAAAGGUCAUCGCGCAGAUGCUGAACAUCUCUGAAUCGGACCCUCAUCUCACCGUUAAGGUGUCGGAGGCUCCUGGGGCGUCUCUCAUUUGGCCGAUGUGGGAGCAGAACUUAUCCGACUUCAACGUCACCUAUGAGUACGAUACCACGUCCCGACAAGACGCCGAGCGUGUGCUAGAAGCCGGUCGAGCAAUGAGCCGGAAUCCCUCCGAGCUCCGCAGCGCGCUGUCGAAGGCGACCUCCGACGCCGGGCUGACCUUUGACAACAGCUCGCUGCACGUCUCCGAGCCCACGCUCGAGGAGACGGUGACCCUUGCGGGGUCGGCGACGCCGGCUCCCAGCAGCGCCGAGGCCGCAAGGUCGCAGUCGAUGCUGCCGAUCCUCAUCGGCACGGGCGUGACUGCGGUGUUCCUCAUCCCCACAGACAUCCAGCGUCCUGAAGAGUUCGGUGAUUGCGUAGCGCCCCGCAGUUGCAGAGCAGAGUGAAGGGGG